UCUCAGAACUUCCAGAAGCAUGCAAACGCCACCACCUGUGAUGGCUUCUACAUCAACAACACCUGCAUUAUCGCGCUACAACCGUCACAUGGAAGGUGCACAGAUGUCACAGUUUGCAAGUCUAGUCCAUCCGGAUGUACUUGACAACAUUUCCAAUGAGGCGAACAAUGCAGCGACGCAGACAGAUGUUAACAACCAGUGCCUGCAGGGUAUGGAGUAUGAGAUAAGUGCUCUUCGUGCCGAAAACCAGCACCUGAAGAAUCAGUUGUCUGACAAAUAUUCAGAAAAGGACUUUGAAGGGAAUGAUCACAAAGUGAAGCAUUUGACUGGGUUGUCAUCUUAUGAAAUGCUGAUGUUCUUGUUUCAGUACCUGUCACCUUAUCUACCUUCAUCACUUGUGCUCAGUCAAUUUAGAACAUUUUCUUGACUCUCAUGCGAUUAAGGCUGAAUUUGUCAGUUAUGUUCCUGGCCUAUGAAUUUGGCGUAUCACAAUCAACAGUUUCCCGCAUUUUUUCAAGUGUGAUAGACGUAAUGUAUUACAAAUGUAAUCCGAUGGUACACUGGCCACAACGGGAAACGGUGCAAAAAUACAAUGCCGAUGCAAUUCCGGAAGAAUUUUGGACAUAAAGUUGUCUCGAUUAUUGACUGUUUUGAGGUUUUUAUAGAAAGACCAUCUAACUUGGAGGCUGCUGCCGAAUGUUUUAGUGCAUAUAAACAUCACCAUACCGUCAAAUUCUUAAUAGGAAUAACACCACAGGGAACAGUGUCCUUUAUUACUAAAGCCUGUGGUGGAAGAACGAGUGACGAGUUCAUUACAGAACACUGCGGCUACCUAAACAAUAUUCUCCCCGGUGACCUCAUUCUAGCCGACAAAGGUUUUGACAUAAGUGCUAGUGUUGGCUCACUUGCAGCGAGCGUUAACAUACCAGCAUUCACUGAAGGGAAGAAAUCAGCUGACGGCUGCUGACCUCGAAGCAACACGGAAGUUAGCGAAUGUGAGGAUUCAUGUUAAGAGAGUGCUAGGAACUGUCCGUCAAAAGUAUACGUUUUUAAAUGGCACAGUACCUAUUCGAUUUUUAAUGUUCAAAGAUGAGAACAAUUUCACUAUGAUUGACAAAAUUGCACAUGUUUGUUGUGCUUUGGUGAAUUUGAAUGAAUCCAUCGUUGAUUUUAACUGAAGAACUUUAUUUGGUUUUGUAGCCAAAUCGAGGCUAUGUAUUUGCUAUGUAUGUGUUUGUACUUUU